CCGGCCUCACGCUGAUCUCGGUCCGUGUUAUUCGGACCUGCAGCAUGUUCUCCAGUCUGAAGCGGCGGGUCGACGAGGUUCUCCUACCGGGGGACGAGUUCUCCUUCGAGGCCGACGACACCAUCUCUCUGACGGAGCCCGCGAAGCCGGAGAAGGCGGUGUGCGGUCCGGGGCUGCGGCGCAGCGGAGACCGGCUGGUGGUGUGCAAGAGCGGCGUGCUGCGGCACAAAGCGCCCAACGUGUUCUGGAUCGACUCCCAGCAGCGACGGUAUGUCCCCGCCAAAGGAGAGAGCGUCAUCGGCAUCGUCACGGCCAAAUCCGGAGACGUCUUCAAGGUGGACGUGGGGGGAAGCGAGCAGGCAUCUCUGUCCUACCUGGCGUUUGAGGGCGCCACCAAGAGGAACCGACCCAACGUCCAGGUGGGCGACCUGCUGUUCGCUCAGUUCAUCAUAGCCAAUAAGGACAUGGAGCCGGAGCUGGCCUGUAUCGACAGCUCAGGACGAGCCAAUGGGAUGGGAGUGUUUGGAGCCGGAGGUCUGCUGUUCAGAGUCUCUCUGGGGCUGGUCAGAAGGCUGCUGGCCCCACAGAGUGAGGUCCGGUCCGACCUGGAGACGCUGUUCCCUUGCGAGCUGGUGGUCGGCAUGAACGGCCGGCUCUGGGUCAAGUCCUCAAGCAUCCAGCAGACCCUGAUCAUCGCGAACCUGCUGCAGAGCUGCGACACGAUGACGGCCCAGCAGAGGAAGCAGCUGUUCAGAAAGGUCCAGCAGGGGGCGCUGUAGACCUCAUGGGCUGGUUGAGCUCUGUUUCAGAGCUUCAGUGGGACUCAUGUGAGAGGAUUUCACAUAAUGAACAGAAGAUGGUUUGGGACUGUCGGUCAGCAGCCAGCAAGAAAAUCUGUUUGAAAGGCUUCGAGGUCGUUUUUUUUGCUCUCAGUUCAUUUCACAUAAAAACAAGCACAUGUGA